CUGCGCGGGAGCGUUGCAGGUACUUCCGAAGCUCGGCAGCGUCGGCAGCGUCCACAAACGGCUUCCAUUGCAAGUUGGUUUGGCCUUCUUUGCUCGCAAAAUCAUAAUUUUCCAGUUCAGCAAUCCUGAAAACAGCAUAUGCUUUUGAACUAUCAGAUGACAUAGAAAGUGCUUGAUAAGGAAACAAAAGCCUCAUGCGGGUGAAGGCAGCCAGUUGUAAGCUGUAUGAUGUUGUGGUUGUUGGAAACGGUCCAUCUGGAAUCUGCCUGUCAUAUUUCCUGUCAGGAAAUUGGCCAUAUUACAAUGGGGCCCCUGUUCCAGAUCCGUUGCUCAAUGACAGAGUAGAAUACUGUGGCACAGAGGUGUCCCUUGUGGAACAGGACCUGGAAGACUUGAGCGAUGGAUUAUAUGAUUCUCGAUCAAGAAAUCCAGUCAGUAUUCUGUUUGACAAACUUCACCAUCCAAAUGCUGAUUUUAUGACUAUGGAACCCUCUGUGCUCACAUGGAAGAACGAAGAGGCAAAGUCAUUCAAACACCUUGUUCUUGGCAAUGGUCCACCAGGUGGAACCUGGCACCGGAUGCAGUAUUCCCAAUAUAGUUUAAGUUUGGAUUAUUGGCUUGAGCUUCCUGGAUAUCCCAUAAAAACAUGGCAAGAGGAACACAAGUAUACAAAUGAGACAAGUGGCUGCACUUGCAACCUGCCCAAAUUAGUUCGCGAGGCAGGUGUCCAUGAAAACCGCAUGUUGCCUAAUCACGUGGCCCAGUACUAUUCUGACUAUGUUAAACGAAUGAAACUAGAAAGUAACUUUAUGAAUAAUGUCACUGUCACAUCAGUGAAAAGAGUAAGUCCAAACAAUCCAAUAUGGGAGAUCUCAGGUACCCAGUACAACAGCUCAACUGGUGAUUAUGAACCAAUGCAGGUUUUCUCUCGUAAUGUUGUCCUCGCUGUUGGCGGCUACAGUCGACCAAAGAUGCUUCAUAUACCAGGAGAGGAUCUGAAAUUUGUACAGCACCAUCUUCCAGAUCUUGACUUUUUUCUUAAGGAAUUCAAAGGCAAAAAUAUUGAUCCUGUUGUUGUUGUUGGGUGUGGCUUGGUUGCACUGGAUGCUGUUAUUGCCUUAAUGGAUGCUAAGGUGCCGGUUUUUCAUGUUUUCCGGAGAGAUGCUAAGGAUAUGAAGCUAAUAGUGAACCAGUUACCGUCUUCAUAUCCAGACUAUUUGAAACUGAAACCGCUCAUGGCGGGCAGAGCCUCAAACGAAUAUUACACGCCGUUUCCUCUCUCCCAAGUCACUGAAAUAUUGUCCACAGGCGAAUGUGUAAUUGAGCAUGUUACCGGGAAGAGCCGACUGGUCACCAAGACUUCUCAAGUGAUUGUUCAAAUAGGGUCGAAGCCUAACCUCUCAUUCUUAGGCGAAAUGCAGCAGACCUUGUUAGAAGAUUCAUCAAAGGAAAUCGACAUAAAAGAAAACCCACUUGCUGUUAACUUGUUUACUUACGAGACUGAGGAGACUGGACUCUAUGCAAUGGGGCCUUUGGUUGGAGACAAUUUUGUUCGUUUUAUAUUGGGCGGUGCCUUGGGGGUUUUAUCUGGGCUGGCUGAAAAACUAAAACAAGAUAACAAUUAACUUGGACUGACAUUAGCAUAUAUUCACAUAUAGAAGGUAAUUUCUGCACACACACGUCAAUCUGCAGUGUUUUAAACGCAUCAUUUUAAUCUUAUUGUAAUCAGAUUCAACAAAUAGGCUUUUACAGAAGAAACUGUUAUUCUUACUCUCACCGCUAUAGUUUGUUUCUAAUUCUCUCACAACUACUUCUGUGUUUUUUUAUUUUCAUGCACGCCGUUUGUUGUACAUAUUUCUUUCUGUGAUAAAGUUUAAGCUUUUGUAUUUUAUUGGAUUUAGACUUUGGGUAAAUUAGAAAGUUCACGUUGA